UAUCACUUUGACAAUUCACUUUGUUGGCAAACUGUUUACGCUUAAAAAUCUUUUUAGAAACAUAGAGGUUAUAGGUAAUCACUUGAACAAAUUUUCGUUUCUAUGGUUUUGCUUCUUAAAAGAACAUAAUAGAUAUGGCUGGAGAUCGUGACAAGCACAGGCGCAGUAGUUCAGAAAGACAUCGAAGCAGAAGUCAAAGUCGAGAUCGACGUAAUAGUCGCGAUCGUGAGAAACGGAACCGUAGUAAGGAUCGGUCCCGGAAGAAGAGCAGGGAGCGUCAUGGGAAUAACCGGGAUAGCAGAGAAAGACGCGGUAGCAAAGAUAGACGAGAUAGCAGAGAAAGACGAGAUAGCAGAGAAAGACGAGAUAGCAGAGAAAGACGAGAUAGCAAAGAUAGACAAGUUAGUAGAGACAGACGAGAUAGCAGAGAUAGACAAGUUAGUAGAGAUAGACGAGAUAGCAGAGAUAGACGUAACAGCAGGGAUAGAUAUAGACACAACAGUAGAGAUAAGCGAAGAGGGAGCAGCGAGAGAAGUAAGAGCAGAGAUCGACUGAAAGAUAAACAUAAGAGUCGAGAUGGUGGUAGCAGAAACACAAGUAGUACCAGAAAUAUACAUCGAGACCGAGGUCGCAGUUCAUACAGAGAAUUUAGUGGCGGGGGAUUAGGAGGAGGACUCGGUGGAGGAAGCCUUGCACCUCGUAGUCGCUUCAAGCCUCAGGAGGAAGAGUUCCUUGAUGCUCGGAGAGAAGAGAGAGAAAGAAUUGGAGAAAUUGGAGUUUCAUCGGUAUGGGGCAAGUCACCCAUAAGAGAUGAUUCAGACGAGGAACCUCCAGAUUUGCCAUCUCAUAAUGGCAAAGAGAAGAAAAAGAGUAAGAAAUCAAAAGAAAAAGACACAAAACAGAAGUUAAAGAAGUUGAAGAAGAAACUCAAGAAGGCAAAAAAGGCUCGUAAGAAAGCAAAGAAGAAAUCCAAGAGUUCCAGCAGCGACAGUUCUAGUAGUGAGGAGGAAGUGUGGGUGGAGAAAGGAAAAGAGGAUGAAGUCGCAAACAAAUCGUCGAAGACAGAUGAGUUAGCAUCAGAAGCGUUCGGUCCGCUACCGCGAGUGGGCCCGGCGCUGGGGCACAAAGACUUCGGACGAGCGCUGCUUCCUGGAGAAGGAGCGGCCAUGGCGGCCUAUGUCGCGGAGGGGAAACGAAUCCCCCGGAGAGGAGAGAUAGGACUCACCUCCGACGAGAUCGCCUCAUACGAAGCUGUGGGAUACGUCAUGAGCGGUAGCAGACAUCGUCGUAUGGAGGCUGUUCGUAUCCGUAAGGAGAACCAGAUCUACAGCGCGGACGAGAAGCGCGCGCUGGCCGCCUUCAGCAAGGAGGAGCGCUCGAGGAGGGAGGCCGCCAUAUUGUCACAGUUCAGAGACGUGCUCAGCGCCCGGGCCCGCGAGUGACGUCACUACCAGCACACUGAUACUUGUACGAUGUACCGAACACACCUGUGCGCUGACCGCGUUACGAUUGUAUUUUUGAUGUUUCACACUUAAACCUCCGUUUGUACUGUAAAGUGGCAUGUUUUAUAUACGAAGGCACGCACAAGGAAACGCUCCGUGUGUGGUGCGACGGCAGCGAGGUGAGGCGAGGUCACUGUCUGCUGUAGUUCUAUUGAUCGUUGUGUCAAAAAUAAUGCACUGUAUAUGAAUGUAAGAAAAAAUGUAUUUGUUUUAUAAACGCUAAUUAACAUUUUAUAUUAAAAAUAUACAUUCUCAGAAUCCUAAUCUAUGGCAUAUAAUUUUGAUAAUAAACCCUAGUAGUGUCAA